UUUUUUUGCUAAGAGGUUAAAUAUCAGCACGCCGUCGCGGGCUGCAUUUCUUCCCUUCUGCUGCCGCUUCGUUACUCCCAGCCGUAAAUCAUGGGUAUCUCACGGGAUUCCAUGCACAAGAGACGUGCAACUGGAGGAAAGAAGAAGGCGUGGAGGAAGAAGCGAAAGUAUGAGCUCGGAAGACAACCGGCCAACACAAAGUUGUCGAGCAACAAGACUGUGCGAAGAGUGAGAGUUCGAGGAGGCAAUGUGAAAUGGCGUGCCUUGAGGUUGGAUACAGGAAACUAUUCUUGGGGUAGUGAGGCUGUAACCAGAAAGACCCGUAUUCUGGAUGUCGUUUACAAUGCAUCAAACAAUGAACUGGUCAGAACACAGACAUUGGUCAAGGGAGCCAUUGUUCAAGUUGAUGCUGCACCAUUCAAGCAGUGGUACCUACAGCACUAUGGAGUCGAAAUUGGCCGCAAGAAGAAGGCUGCUGCCAAGAAGGAAGGAGAGGAAACCACUGAGGCUGUUGCUACUGAAGAGGUAAAGAAAAGCAACCAUGUUCAGAGAAAACUAGAGAAACGUCAGCAGGACCGAAAGAUCGACGCGCAUAUUGAAGAACAAUUUGGUGGUGGUCGUCUUUUGGCAGCAAUUGCCUCUCGCCCUGGCCAGUGUGGCCGAUGCGAUGGGUAUAUUUUGGAGGGCAAAGAAUUGGAGUUCUACAUGAAGAAACUCCAGAAGAAGAAAGGAAAGGGUACUUUAGGAAGCAGAAGAAGAAGACGGUUGCUGCUCUGCAUAUUUCUUCACGUCGGAACCCUAAUCCGGCGGAGCUGUCAGUCAAUCAUGGGUAUCUCACGGGAUUCGAUGCACAAGAGGCGUGCAACUGGAGGAAAGAAGAAGGCGUGGAGGAAGAAGCGAAAGUAUGAGCUCGGAAGGCAACCGGCCAACACAAAGUUGUCGAGCAACAAGACUGUGAGAAGGGUGAGAGUUCGGGGAGGCAAUGUGAAGUGGCGUGCCUUGAGGUUGGAUACUGGAAACUAUUCUUGGGGUAGUGAAGCUGUAACCAGAAAGACCCGUAUUCUCGAUGUGGUUUACAAUGCAUCAAACAAUGAGCUGGUCAGAACACAAACUCUGGUCAAGGGUGCCAUUGUCCAAGUUGAUGCUGCACCAUUCAAGCAGUGGUACCUACAGCACUAUGGAGUUGAAAUCGGCCGCAAGAAGAAGGCUGCUGCCAAGAAGGAAGGAGAGGAAAUCACUGAGGCAGCUGCUGCUGAAGAGGUAAAGAAAAGCAACCAUGUUCAGAGAAAACUAGAGAAACGUCAGCAGGACCGAAAGAUCGACGCACAUAUUGAAGAACAAUUUGGUGGUGGUCGUCUGUUGGCAGCAAUUGCCUCUCGUCCUGGCCAGUGCGGCCGAUGUGACGGGUAUAUUUUGGAGGGCAAAGAAUUGGAAUUUUACAUGAAGAAACUUCAGAAGAAGAAAGGAAAGGGUGCAAGUAGUUAAAUUUGAAGUGUCUUUGUCAUUUCUUUUCCUUUAUGUGAGGGAAACCGUAUUAAUUGGCUGAGGUUGUUAAUUGUUAUAUAUUGUUGCUUUCUUGGUAUUCAUGUUUUAGAUCCUUUUUUUGGCUUGAUUGUUACUAUGUUUUUUGGUGCUGAGUUAUGAAUAUUGUUGAUUCUAUUUCUUUAAAUUAACUUGUAACCUGUCGAUAUUCUUUUUUGGUUA